UUGGUUUCUGCACGUUCUUCUCUUUCUCAUUCCUCUCUCUUUCUCUCUCUGAUUCUAAUACAUUUUCUUGGAUCUGGAGAACUGGCGCAUCACUCCGGAAAACUGGUUUCUCGUUUACUCCUAAUGAGUUUCUCUCCUAUUAUCUAGUAGAAGAAUUUCACUGAUCUGCAAGAAUGCGCAGUCCUAGCUCACUCAAGCAAGAAUUCCUUAAAAGAUGGAUGAGGGGUCUUCAAAGAUGCACUAGUUCUUCAAAGAAAGACAUGAACAUCUUGGAGAGAAAGAAGGUUAUAAAGUUGUCCGCCGACCUAGCCAUGGCUUCUGCUAGAAAUGGGAAAACUUCGUGGAGCCGUGCCCUCAUUGCUAAUGCUUCAAGAGACAAUGAUAACAGAAUCCUGGCCGAGAGAAUCUUGGGCCCGGAGUCUGAUAUUUUGAUAAAAAGAGUUUCAACUUCUGUGGGUACCGUGAGUUGCAACAGGAAGAUUAGAAGCAAGAAGAUCUUGAAAAGGAGCUGUAAUAGUGUCCGUAGAGUCAGAAAAGGUACUCAUCUUCCUCAUCAAAAGGUUCUUGCGAAAUCUAUUGCAAAGAGACUGGUUCAGAAGAGAACACAAAUUCUCAAGAGACUUGUGCCGGGUGGAGAAUUUAUGGAUGAGCUAUCUUUGAUUGAAGAAACCCUUGAUUAUAUCACAUAUCUGCAGGCUCAAGUUGAUGUAAUGCGAUGUAUUGCUAGUGCCACCGAGCUUAAAAAUCGUAAUAACGAUUAACUCACGACGUCGUUAAUUAUAUAUAUAUAUAUAUAUAUAUAUAUAUAUAUUUUUUUUUCUUUAAUUUAUUCUCAUUUUGCAAGAUGACUAGCUAGAUAUGAAUAUUGGAGAAAACAAGAUGGUAUAGUGAAGGCAAUGUACAGAUCGAUGAAUCAAUGAAUCAUAUCAUGUAAGUCAUUCGAUCCAAA